GAAAAAUUGAUAUUCUAACAUUAUUAUCCUAAUUCCAAACGAACGUGAGUAAGCAAGCACCAGAUUAAUGGUAACACGUGGAGGUACUCCCGUUGCGAUUAGCCGAAAAAAUCUAAAACAAAGAAAAUGGAAGUAGAGUCUACGAAAGACGCGAAAUCAAUCGGAGCUCGUCCUGAAAACGCUCGGAAUCGCAGAAGAAACAUAUGUUUAGCGGUGAUUGCGGUGGUUUUGGUCAUUGUUAUUCUACUCGUAGUGUUAGGGUUCACCGUCUUCAAAGCCAAACAUCCAAUCAACACCGUCAAUUCCAUUGCUGUCAAAGAUCUCAAAUUCUCUCUCGACAUCAUGAGGCUCAGAGUGAACUUGAAUGUCUCUCUCGAUGUCAAUCUCUCGAUUAAAAACCCUAACAAGGUCGGAUUCAAGUACACCAACUCCUCAGCUUUGUUGAAAUACAGGGGAGAAGUGGUUGGAGAUGUUCCUGUUCCGGCCGGCGAGAUAUCAGCGGGAGAAACCCUACCGAUGAAUAUGACGCUGACGGUGUUGGCGGAUCGGUUGCUUUCGAAUUCCGAUGUGUAUUCCGACGUAAUGUCCGGUACGUUGCCUUUCAGUACCUUUACUAGAAUGUCCGGAAAAGUUCACAUAUUGAUUUUCAAGAUUCAUUUGGUUUCUUACACGACUUGCGAUUUGAACAUCAGUGUGGGGAAUAGAAGUGUUACGAACCAGACUUGUCAUUAUAAGACCAAAUUAUAGAGAUUGAAAGAGAGAAAAAUUUGGAUUCGAAGCUGUUUGAUUUUUUAAGUAGUUUAUUUUAAAGCAUUUUGUAGUAUCUGAGAUAGAUUACGAAUGUUGGGCAUGGCCUAUAUAAAUUAUAUAUUUUUGGGGUUGUAUUAUUUAAAUUUUGUUUGUUUGUU